AGAACCAAGAUUUUCUUCGAUUACAUUGUUCAGUUGUCAAGUUAAUUUGUCACUGUCAUUUUCGAAUUCAAAUGGAAGCGCCAAAACAAAUUAAAAUAAAAAUGCCCAAACCCCAUGAAAAGGUGAUCUUACAUGAUGCUGUUAAUAAUAUGGAAUACUCCGUUUAUUUAUCCUACGAAGAUGCAGAGAAGUGCAAAAAUGAUUUGGCUUUUGCAAACUCCCUCCUUUUUCAUGCGAAAUGUACAAAAUCCUAUUCGAAUGCAGCUCAACCAGUCCAACAGCAAGCAUAUUCUGCACAGCAAUCCCCAGAAGAUAUUGACGUGGAGCAUGAUAAUGAUUAUAAUAACCCGCCAGUGGAAUCCGAAGAAAGUGUGCAGGAAAAGACUCAUUGGACUCAUAACGAAACUUUGGCUCUCAUAUCAGCUUAUGAAGAUCAUCUUGAAGAUUUCAAAAAUGCAAAAAGACGAAAGAAAGUCUGGGAGAAAAUUUCUACUGCAUUGAAAGAAACUGGGAUUUCUCAUGAUGCGGGUAGGUGUGAGGUCAAAUGGAAAAAUCUCUUGAGAACAUAUAAGUCUAUUAAAGAUACAAAAAAAAAGACUGGACGAGGAACCGUUAAAUUCUUAUAUUUCGACAGACUAGAUGGAAUAUUAAGUGAGAGACCAGUUAUGAAUUGUACCCAUACAUUCAGUUCCACAUCACGGAAUUCUGAAAUUUCUGAAGAAUCCAAUAAUGAUGUUGGUGAUAACAGUACUGUUCAGAUUUCACACCAAACAGUUGAAGCAGUAGUUCCACCAAUAAAAUCAUUUAAAGAAAGGCGAAAUAAAGUGAAUGAAUUAAUUAAUCUCAAAAUUGAUUAUUAUAAGAAAAAGAAAGUUGACGCAGAAAAAAAAGAUGUCUUAAAAGCAGAAAAGUUCGAAUUGCAAAAGAAGUUGGUUGCCAUAGAAGAAAAAAAAGUUGCAAUUCUCGAAGACUACCUCAAGAAAGCAUAAUAACAGGAAGUUUUUUAUUUUGUUGAAUUAAUGAACUGAGCUCAGUAUAUCAAAUAGAAAUAUUAAUAG